AUGAAGGAGCUACGACUGUUCUGGAUAUGCACAUUAGUCAUUGGAUCUCAUACAGCCACCAGUUACCUUGAAGAGGUUCUCUUUAAGCAAUAUCACUUUAAGCAUGCCUUCUUCAUGGUCAUGAUCAUGUGUCUCCUCUACUCCUUCCUUUAUGUACUUUACAAAGUGUCGAACGAAGGCGGGAGCAAAGGCCUCAGGUUUCCAGUCUGCGAAGCGCUACAAGAUAAAUCCAUCAGGGUAGUGAUGUUCUGGUUGUGUCUGGCGUAUGCGUGCAGCAACGGAGUUUCGAAGCUUGCCUUGGCCUUUGUCUCCAUUCCAACUCAGAUUGUCUUCAAGUCUUGCAAGUUGGUCGCCGUCAUGAUAGGCAGCUCCUUCAUCUUAGGGAAGACCUACUCGUUCUUCGAGUAUAUGGUCGCGGGGGGACUAGUGCUGGGAAUGAUUCUGUUUGCGGGAGCUGACUUUGUCGGCGGGCCAUCGUCAAUCUUGGAAACCAACUUGCAAACAAUCAUCGGGCUUCUCCUGCUGCUGCUAGCGCUUUGCUUCGAUUCAGUCUUGGGGAAUUUACAGGAGAAGGUGCAGAAGAGCAAUGUUUGUGACGAGUAUGAGCUCAUGUUCGUUCAAUCCAUCUUCUCUGCAUUCUGUAUCAUCAUCUUCACUGCUAUAACGGGUGAACUACAAGAAGGAAUUUUGGAGUGCUUCAACAACAAAGCUGUCUUCGUCUGUGAGAUAGCUUGGGGAUUGUUCAACAUGAUCGGCACGGUGAUGCUGUUGAAAGUCGCAGGAGAGUUUUCUGCUGUGACAGCGGUUCUCACCUCCUUCAUCCGCAAGUUCUCAAGUUUGUUGUUGUCCUACAUGAUCUUCCCGAAGCCUUUCACUGCUGCUCAUUGCCUGGGUCUGGUGCUCGUCUUCGGGUCGAUCGCCAUGCAUGCAACACACAAGAAGAAGGCGAAGGAGCACAACACUCACGCCCACCCGCACAUGCUGAAUGCCAACGGCCGGGAGAAGGGUAUUGUGAAGGAUGGCGAGGAGCUUCAAGUAUUGAUCCACGGGUCUGAGGAGUGA